GCAUCACAGUGCACUGAGCUUGAGGCAAUGCAGAGCAUUAUCGAGUGCUGAGACAGAGCAAGAACACAAGCGUCGCAAACAUGUCCUGCAAAUCACCAGUAGCACCUAUCACUGGGAGCCUCCUGUACCAAUUGUCUUGCUCCUCGCAGGAUUCCAUUUUGUUGGGUGAACAAUUAGGGGCUGAGGAAGAGGUGCCCAACAGUAACGUCAUGAAGAAGAAAACUGUUGUAGCUUUGUUUGGGGUCGUUCUGGGCUACCUGGUGACAGGGGCUGUGGUCUUUCAGAUGCUCGAGCAGCCUUAUGAGUCUAUGCAGCAGGACAGGCUUUCAGAGCACCGGAAAGCAUUUCUCGAAAUGCACACCUGCAUCCAGGAGGUGAACCUAGAUGAUUUUGUACUGCAGGUGAAAGACGCAUUGAAUUCUGGAGCUGAUCUCGCAACAAAUGAUACAAAUGUCACUUCGCGCUGGGACAUCGGGAGCUGCUUCUUCUUUGCAGGCACCGUAAUCACCACCAUUGGUUUUGGUAACAACUCACCAAAAACAGAGGGUGGGCGACUCUUCUGCAUAUUCUAUGCACUGAUUGGAAUCCCACUCUUUGGAAUUCUGCUGGCCGGAGUAGGGGAUCACCUAGGGUCUGCUCUACGUGAAGGAAUUGGGAGAGUGGAGAAGGUUUUCCUGAGCUUCUAA